AUGUCGGCCUCAUCCGAAGCUGAGCCGGAGCGCUCUACGAGCAGUAACAAGGCGGUAGCAGCCGACACUGUUAUCUCCUCAUCUGAGUUGCAACUGCAAAGGAUGGAUCCGGACUCGAUCUUGGCCGACGACGCCAAUCCAGACCAAGUGCUUGGCCAAGAGUCGUCAGAUGCAGCUGUGAAGCGCAACUCAAGCAUGGAACCAAAUGACGAUGACUACGAAGCAGUUGUGCUCAAGCGCGCUUCAGCUACUUCUGCUAUCUUCAGCCAGUCUACCAACAGUCCUCAUCCAGUACCUCAAGCGCUCUCACCAGAUCAGAACAUCGAUGCCUCCGCUUCUCUGGCCAACAUGUCGACAGAAGCGCUGCAAGCUCAAGUCAAGGAUCUCAUCAACCAAGUCACGGGUCUCAACGAAAAGCUCGUCAAAUCCUUCAAUCGCAUCGCCGACCUCGAAGAUGAUUACUCGGAUGCGCAGGAGAGGGUCCGAAUUAUGUCCGCCAAAAUCAAGGAGCUCGAGAAGGAGCGAGCCGAGCAUCUUGACGCUCUCAACACCGGCCUCCUGGUCGAAAAGGCCCAUGUCAGCAACGAAAUGCAGAGGAUGAUGGAUCGUGUAAUCGAGGAAACAGCACAGCGUGGUAAAGCCGAAAGCGACAAGAGCAAGAUCGAGGCCGAACUUGACGAGCUUAGCUCCAGCCUUUUCAGCGAAGCCAACAAGAUGGUUGCCGUCGAGCGAUUAUCACGUGCAAGGGCGGAGGAGAAGAGCCGUAACAUGGAAGAGCGUCUCAAGGAUACAGAAGGGAUCAUGCUCGAACAGCAGAAAGUUCUUGCCGAUCUUCAACGUCAGGUCGAGAAGUUACAGAUUAGCGGCUCCAGAAAGGACGGCGAUGACGCUGCUUCGAUGAUCACGAUGGAGAGCGAUGCUGUCAGCUUCCACCGUCUCAAGACUUCGUCUCUGGCUCGGUCCAUCUCGCAAAGGACAGCGACAAGAGAGCGCAAACACAAGCCAUCAGUCGAUCUUGCAGCCGAAGCCCGUCUCAUUAUCAACAUUGUUCCCUACCAAGAGUUCCGAUCCUUCAUCGCACAUCUUCGCAAGCUCCGCAAACAGCUCGCACCGUUCUACACGUACCCUCUCCCACAUGGUUGGCGCGACUCUCUGAGCAGUACCCCGACGCCACGCACCGUCUCACCUGCGCCACAACAGGCGACGGGCAGCUCUGCGACCACCAACUCCAUCAUCACUGCAUCAACAGCUUACAGCCAAGGCAUUGGGAGCGCGUUCACCAGCUCGCCUUUUGCCAUCGCAGGUGUAAGUCGACACCGUGACUAUCCUACUUUGCCGUCGAAUGUCGAGAAUGUCGUGUCGCUGCCAAGUCAACUCUCUCUGCCCUUCAUUAAGCGAUCGCAGGAAGAGGAUGUAGAGCCGUGUCUCCGCCUCGACUUUGCACCUGGUCUGAAUUGGUUGAGUAGACGGCAAGCCAACGUCGCCAUCUUGGACGGCAACCUUGUCAUCGAACCCAUCUUCUCUAGAAGCAGGACAAUCGACGAAGCCGCGAUCCGCACAGAGAAUGCACACUUGCCGCCAGCCGCCUGCGCUAUGUGUGGCAUUCCUGUCGUGAAUGUGCCGUUGCCUGGAGGUGUCGCAGCAACGUCCAUGUCUGCAGAGCAAGGUGGCAAGACCUCGCUCGUGACAAGCAGCAUUGCGACGGCAACCUCGAGCUGGGCCAGCUCCGCAGCCAGUUCGCUCGGAUCCAUCACUGGCAGCAGUAGCAACAACAACAGCAGUUCCGGCACCCUCACCCCCAAGCCUUCCCGAGGAGGUCUCUUCGCCUCAUUUAGGAAGUCGUCUGCUCAGAACAAGUCAGCAGAACAGCUUGAUACGACCGUCAACGCCUCUGUGCCGGCAGGAGCCGAAAAUGAGACGCAGGCCAUCGUGCCGAGCGAGACACUCAUGCCUUUCAAUCUUCCGGUCCCAACCCACAUCUUCCGACUGAGUGAAAGCUCACCGACACGCUAUCUGCUGUGCCCGCACCACUGUCUCUUGCGUCUUCGCGCUGUCUGCCAGUACUGGGGCUUUGUACGCAAUCUUGAACGCUCGGUGGUGUUGGAGGGCAAGUUUAUGAAUGAAAAGCAGCAACAGCAGCAGGCAGCUGCCUUGUCUCCAGCAGCGAAUGCUUCAACUGACAGCUCGCCAAAGGAGGUGGCAGGUGCAAAGAGCGUGGAGGUGGAGACACUGGAGAAGGCCGUCGAGGAGGCGGAGGCUGACAAGGCUGAUGUCGAAAAGGCGGACGAGAAGAAGGCUGAGACUAAGAAAGAGGAAGCCGAGAAAACCGGAGUAGAGGAGGUCGAUGCUGAGAAGACGGAUGCUGAAAAGGAGGAAGCAGAAAAGACAGAAGCAGAGAAGAUCAAGGAGAAAGUGCAAGAGAAGACGGAUGACGACACAAAGGAGAAGGACCUGGCCGGGCUGACAGAGGAGAAGGAGGAAGCCAAGGAAUCUGAGUCGCCAGGAUCUGAUAAAAAGGCUGCCGUUGACGACGACGACUUUGCCGAUACCCCAUCCUCUCCCACUGAAGCCAAGGCCGGCGACACGGCCAAGGUGGACGAGACCAUCAACGAGAAUACUGCAGCUGUUGACGAGGCGACCAAUGAGUCUUCAGAUGACAAGGAGGCUGCACCAGCGACCGAAGCUGACGCUGCAGAGAAGCCCUCUGAGGCGGACAGCGCGGAAAGGCCGGCCGAAGCAGAACAAACUGGCACUUCCGUGCCUCCUGCACUCCCUCCACGGUCAGUAGCACGUGUAACAGGCGCAUCUUCACCCUCUCCUGCCGGCACUACAGGGGCUAUGCCCAAGAUCCCGCCACGUCGUCACAACCGUCCUCUUCCCGCUGCCCCGAUAGGAACAGGCGCACCAGAACUCCCACCACGCACCUCCACACCCGCCGUCAUUCCAGCAGCAACAGCCAUCUACCUCGACAAACUAGACUCGAUGGAAUGGGAAGAUAAGAUGUGGACUGAAGUUACAAAGCUCAAAGAAGAGUUGUGGAGGGCGAGAAUCGGGUUGAUUACUGAGGAUAGUGAGCUCAUCUGA